GCACGCGCACAGCAGGCGUGGCGGGUUGUGAUGCGGUCACAUUUGUAGCGGACGGACGGAGCGAGUCGUCAGGAUUUGCGGCUCGCUUAAAAACCAGUGGUUUGCGCUGGUGGGUUACAGUUUAACUCGUGAGAGACUCUAAGGAAAGUAGUUUGCAGUCGGAGCAGCAGCAAAACCUUUAAGCUGGGAAAUAAAAGAAGGUCUGGAGGGUUUUUUCGCCCCCCUUUUGACAGCUGCGCCGCUGCACCGACAAACAUCAGUGACCGGGAGGUGAGCUGUCACCAUCCAUUCAGCUGUCAGAGGACUGACGAUGACUCCGAGGGGGCUUGACUGGUGGAUCCCCUGCUGACAUCUUUGAUCCCCAGAUUUCCGCUCUAAAACACCCCCGUUUCCCGACAGCUUUUGAGCUGUUGUGCACCCUUUUAUUAUAUAUUUUUUGGAGCCCCCCCCCCCCUCUGCGGCUGAGCUUUCAACAUGGCUAGCCUGGUGAUCAACGAGACCGGAAUGGUGGACUGUGGGAUUGACGACUCCUUCAAGUACAACUUGUACUCUGCGGUUUACAGCGUGGUCUUUGUGUCGGGCCUGAUAACCAACUGUGCCGCACUCUUUGUGUUCUGUUUCCGGAUGAAGAUGCAGAACGAGACCACGAUGUUUAUGACCAACUUAGCAUUAUCUGAUUUAGUGUUUGUUUUCACGUUGCCGUUCAAGGUCUUCUACAACGUGAACCGCAACUGGCCUUUUGGAGAUGGACUGUGUAAGGUUUCGGGAACAGCCUUCAUCACUAACAUCUAUGGCAGCAUGCUCUUCCUCACCUGCAUCAGCGUGGACCGCUUCCUGGCGAUAGUCUAUCCGUUCCGUUCACGCGGCAUCCGGACGCGGAGGAACGCGGCACUGAUGUGCGCCGCCGUGUGGCUCACCAUCGUGGGAGGAGGCAUUUCGGUGACCUUCUUCUCUACCAUCAACAGCCGACACAAAGCCACCACAUGCUUCGAGGGCUUUUCCAAGAACACCUGGAAGACCUACCUGUCUAAAAUCACCAUUUUUAUCGAGAUUGUUGGUUUCCUUCUCCCGCUCUUGGCCAAUUUAAUAUGCUCCUCGCUGGUUCUGCGGACGCUGCGUCGCCCCGUGACUGCUGGUCACGGCUGUGACAGUAAGAAACGCGUCCUGCGGAUGAUCCUUGUCCAUCUUGGCAUCUUCAUCAUCUGCUUCGUCCCGUACAACUCUAUCCUCUUCCUGUAUGCCCUGGUGCGAACCCAGGCCCUGGCUAACUGCACUGUGGAGCGCUUUGUCCGAACACUUUACCCCAUCACUCUAUGUCUGGCCAGUCUCAACUGCUGCCUGGAUCCUGUGGUGUACUACUUCACCUCGGAGAGCUUCCAGAAGAGCCUGACCAAGGGAGGCAAAGGGUCUGGUUCUCGACCUGAGAGCAUGCCCCGCAGUGACACGGAGACUAAGGACACAGCGACCGCUGUCCCGAGCGACACCCACACUCUGACCAGCAACGGAAAAGAGACAAAGAUCACUGAAAUUCAAUUGUGACUCAAGAAAGAAGGAGAAGAAGGACAGGGUGGAUUUGACUGCAACUCCUGAAUUUAACAAAUAUAACAAUCACUUGUUUGGUCCUGAAAAUGGAAAACACAUAACUCACCAGAUUAGUUAAGUCCUGAGGUAAGUCCUGAGGCAUGGCCUGGGCUUUAUGGAUUAACCCGGCACCGGGGAUCAGAGGAAUGUAUCUGUGGUUUUUAUGAGCGAUCGCUACAGGGACCAGAGAUCCAACUACACUGGGACUAUUGCAAUAAUCCAGAGACUCAAAGUGGGUCUAUAAGAGAUUCUGACAUGUCAUUGAUCAAACAUAAGACAUGCACACUUCCACUGGACUCUGAAGAAGAUGAUGUCCAUCCACAUGCUGUUUAGUACUUGUGUAACACAACAGUUCCUUAAGUAUUAUUGUUAUAAAGCUCAAGCUUUCACAGUGCAUUAUAUCACUGUGGUGUGUUACUAGUAAUGCUACUGUGUAACACAGCAUUGUGUUGACCUGCUGAGUCAAAUGUAUCUCAUCAUGUUGAAGACUGAGGCCAGUAAAUGUCUGUUUUUGAAUUGCAUUCAUUAUUUCUUUGCUCCGGUCUUGUGAUUGUCCUCACAGUCAAACCUGCUCUGAGCUGCUCUUUGUCAGCGAGCCUGUACAUUUGAACUUGUGCGGGAGUUUUUCUACUCCAGCUUCUUGGUUUUUCACCAAGCAGCCAGUGUGAGCUUGUCCUCAGCGCAGAGGGCAGCUCUGAUUUAGUUGAGGACCUCGGCCUGUGUGCUGUGUCACAGGCCAAAUGCUUAUUAUGACUGGAGCAAUGGUCCAUUGUUUGCCUCUGAAUGAGGUCUCUCUGUCUUAAUCCGGCCUUAGACUGCAGAUCUGCUCAAAGUCUCUUACACACAGCAAUGUGCAAACACUCCAAGUACAGAUGAACGCCUUUAGCUGUUUACCCAAAAUCAUGGAUUUAAACUGCAUGGAGCACAAAACACUUGUGUGUCAGCAGAUUUGGAUGUUUGAGUGUUGCUGAAUUUGCAUGUAUAAAAUGCAGAAAUGUGCAGAAUUUGUCCAAUCUUUAUCAUAAAGUCCGAAGAGGAUGCACAAUCCGGUCAGAGCAGCAUCUGCAACAGCAAAAUAAAUCGAUUUUGCAGCUGAAUCUGUGAAGAAGCUUCUGAAUCAAGUUAAACUUUGGUCAAGUUUGGCAUCUGAAGAUGGAGGAACCACCUGUAGCUUAACUGCUCUACAUUAAACUUGAUUUAUACUUCUGUGGGAAAUCUACAUAGUAACAGUAAACUUCUUUUAUCCCCACACCUCAGCCUUAUGUGGUAUGCAUCAACCUGACGUUUAGUUACAUUUCUCUGGAUGUACACAGCAGGUUAUUUAGAAAUUUCCUGUUAUCAACCGAGCUACAAGUUUGGGUUGGAUUGCUGGAUUGUUUGGAGGGCUUUAUUUAAUCUUCAAACCUUGGAAUUAUAAACGGUCCAGAGAGUAAACAACACAGUGUAGAGCAACCAGCUGUGUUGCUGAACUCUACUGUCUUCCAACCCAGCGAGUUUCAGUAGUUCAACAAGUAGUCCCUAUGCCACCAUGCUUGAAGCACCACCUCGUGUUUGGUCAUUAAAGCAUAAACUGUAGAGCCGAGGAUGACAGCAGGCUCGCAGCUUCUCUCUGUGUACUUACAGCCCCCUGCUGGAGAAGCUCAAUAAAUUCUCUUGGGGUCAUUACACUCAAUGUUGGUACAAGUUUAGUUUUUUCUAUUCCUUUACUAAGCACUACAACUUUUGCUUUCCAUUGCCUUAGUUGGCAAUGUAACAGAGUAUACCUGCGUCUGGUUGUGUGAAUGAUGGGAGCAUUUAGCAGCAGAACGACAGAGGGGCAGCAGUCUUUGGAUUCUCAGAUUUGGGGUCAAGGGUAGCAGGAGGAGAGAAGAAAACCAGGAAAUAAGAACAGUGGGAGUGUAGAGGUAUGCUUGAGCUUCACCCCCCUGAGUGGUUCAUUCCAAGAGUGUUGCGUCACUUUUUUUCCAUUUUUUUGAACAGAUAAGUCAGAUGUUUACCGUUCGAGUACGUCUGUUAAAGAAACAGUCUGCCCUAAAUCUAGAAGAGAAAAAUGCACAUGGCUCAGUCAUUUAUGACCAGUGGCUUGUCCUGACAUCUAGUGGCAACAAGUUGGAAGAACAGCAAUUUUUAAUUUGAGACAGACUGACCACAGACCACGUUCCACGUUUGCUGAUUAUUUUCCUGUUUUGGGCUUUAUAGUCACCUGUUUGUCAGCCCUGUAGAAGUCUCAGAGAAGCCAUAAAGCAGCUGGGGCAAGCAUGGGGAGUGUUAUCAAGUUAUUUUCUCUGGGUGUGGCCUCAUGCUGUGAAAGUAACAGGAUGGCGAGUGUAUGUCAUAAAGCUGAAGCGUGGUUAAACAUUUCUACAGCACGUGAAGGCUUUCCUUCUUUUUUUUCUCUAGGCCUCGUGAACGAAAACCAUAACCACAAGAACAAAGCCUAAAAGCUACUGCUCAUUGUCAGAGGACACACAAAUGCAGCUUUUUUAUUUAAUUUUUCUUUUUAAUUUUUAGAGGACUAGGAGCCAGGUAACCUACAUUUUGCUGAAUAAAUACUAUGAUUUAAAAACGGAAGUACGGAAUCUGAACGGGGAAGCAGAUGAGUGCAGUUAUUUUGGUCACAACGGCUGUCAGUGAACUGAGACAACUUUUACACCGUCAGUGUUGCACUGUAGAUGUAUUUAAAUACAGACUGCAAAGAAGAGAAGCUAAAGAAGAGGGCUGAUUUCCUCGGGAUCUGCUGCGUCUGCGGACCAGAUCACCUUUGAAAAGAUCUUUUGAAAAUCUUCAGAAAUUUCUGAGAGCGCGAGGACUUUGUAGAAGGUGUGCGCGAUGCUCCACGCGGUCGCUCCUGGCUCUGACCUCUACCUUCUGCCUAUACGGGUGAUUUAGAGGCACAAGAAACGAGCUGUCAAAGGUACUUCAGCAAAAAAAAAAUUAUGAUCAAAGGAAAGGCACGCUUGGUUAUAUCAUCGGUGUCACUGUGAGG